AGAUCCUUUUUUGUUCCUCUCUCUCUCUCUCCCUCUCUGCCUUCGUGUUAAAUUAUUCUUUGCUUUAGCUGUCGGCGAAGCCUAGGGCAUUCGCAAGUUGGAUUUCCUUUCCAACGAGCAUAGCAGUGGUGGUCGUGUCGGUUCGAAAUCCGUCUAACAUUGUAGCAGCAGACCAACUCAGAGAGCCAUCUGUGUAUUCACCUGGCCUUGAAAGUAAUCGCAGGCAGGUCCGUAGCAGUUUUAAUCGCCGCGAUCCACACCGGAGUGACCCCGAGUAGCGUGAUAUUUAGCGACUGAAAGAAGGGAUCUCUGAGGCUGAACUCGAACAAAAAUCCAUUCUUCAGUAAGCGACAGGCAGGCGCCCCCUUUCACAGUCUCUUUCGAGUGCUCUUUGACCACUGUGUGCUGCGCGCGGCUACAAUCCAAGCAACCGUGACGUAGCCGCGGAGACGAGAAUUUCUCCAAUAAAACAACACCUCCGCGGAGACAGGUGAGGUCAGUGCUGGAAAAGGCAGGACGAGCUAAUAUCGACACUACAAAUAUCCCCACUACUGAGAAAGGAAACUGCUGAGCACGCUUUCACUGUCAUCCCAUUUCAUCCCGGUCGAGAACUGUCGAGAAGACUACCUUUUGUAUCCGAGAAUACGAGAGAGAUAGAGGAUAUUGCUGCUUGAAAAUUCCCUUGCAAGACGCGAUCGAUCGAAUGUGCAGCAAAAUGAUGGCUGCACCUUACAAUGUGUCCUCUGAUUCGCUCUCCUCCGCUCCCCCGCCUCACCAGUCUACGUGGUCGUCAGCUGCAGCUGCGUCCCCAUACAUGGCGGGACACGAAGAGGUAGCCACUAACGCUGGGGAUGCCUGCACUGACUGCUCGUGUUGCUGUUCUCACGGUGCAGCAGCGCCUCGACAAUGCCACUCCGUGGAGCUAAGGCACAACAGCUCAGACGAUAAGGUCAACAUUCAAACUAUUCGAAGGAUAACCUCACCUGAUCAACCAAGGCACUCUCUAUACCCAGAGAUUUCGUCGUCAUCGCUACAUCAACUGUCCCAUCAAGACUAUCAGCGCAACCUUGAUAGCUACACACGUUCCACCAGGAACAACGACAGCAGCAGCAGCAGCACAACCUCGCUAGAGUCCAGCAUCGAUCAAAGAGAUUGUGAUUGGUCACCGAGGAGCAGCAGCAGAAUGUCGUUUGGAGUAGGCCAAGUCACAUCCUUCCCUCCUCUCCUCUCACCACCCGAGCAGCAUCAGCAACAGAAUCAUCAUCAACAGCAGCAUCAUCAUCAGUUUGUCACGGCUCAUCACGGAUACGCCGGACCUCAACAUCAUGCUUCCACAGACUCCAUUACGUCCAAUCUUCUAGUCGCUCCCAGUUACUACAGCGGAGAGGUAGCAGCAGGCGCCGCGUCCAGUGCACACGGCAACCAUCCGUACUUUGGCUCUGAACCCAGCAUUCCGCAACCAGCUAAUGCAGGAGCUGCAGCAGGAGGAGGACAAACAGUCGUGAAUGGUAUCUCUGCGCCGAUGUUCAGACAGCAGCCAUUCUGCCCGAACAUGUCCUGGUCUACGUCUAUUAAAGCUACGACCUUCCCGCCGGUAACGUCUCAUGCAAGCGUUUCGGCGACACCAGCGCCGACAUCACCUCCGGCUGCUCCCUGGUAUACAGGUAAAAGUAGCCCCAAUCAAUCACCAUUGCCACUCAUACAGCAAAACUCAACUGUUUUCACUUUCCCUACCCCGCCAACUGGUGCUAAGCUGGCUAGGGAAGGAUCCCUGCCUGGUUCCCUGGUGGAUCUGAGCAUUGUUGACCUUCGAUCUAUGUGGCAGCAUCCUCCGUCAUCCACGGGACCGCACAACACGCACAACACCCACCAUAGCACAUCGGGCGAGUCUGCAUCAACCAGCCUGCCGCCGUUGACUGAGCUUAGCCAGGGCCAGGCCUCUAACAUUGACGUUUCCACUGGAUCACCGUCCAUGUCUGACCAGCUGGAGAACACCAUGCCGAUGAACAACAGCGGUGCGACUAGUCUGCCGACCCUGCAGCCCAUCGAGAUGGACGGCUAUGUGAUGGACGCGCAGUCGGACACGCUGGAAGACAUGGAGAACCGUGAGUGUGCCAACUGUCACAUCAGCGAGACUCCACUGUGGAGACGGGACCGAGACGGGUCUUAUCUGUGCAACGCAUGUGGCCUGUACACCAAGAUGAACGGAGCACAUCGUCCACUGCAGAAGAGCAAGAAGAGAUCGAACACACCCAAGAAAACAGGCCAGGUGUGCGCUAACUGCAAGACGACCACCACCACGCUGUGGAGGCGCAAUCCUACCAACAGCGAGACGGUGUGCAAUGCGUGUGGCCUGUACCAGAAGCUUCAUGGGGUGAGUCGCCCACUGACUAUGAAGAAGGAUGUGAUCCAAACAAGGAAUCGAAAGUCAGCGAACGGCAAAGGCAGAAAGGGCGAGCGCUCCCCUGCCGGCAACAUUGUUGGCAUGCAGACUCACUUUGGUCGCCUGCAAUCCUCUUCGCCGUCAGUAGCUGCAGGCGUUGGCGGAGCAGCAGCCGUUACUGCUCCUUCUGGAGCCGUGAUCGCCGCCACUGACUACGCGGCGGCGUAUGGCGUGCCGCCCUACCAUCACGCUCACCAAACAGCAGCUGCAGCUCCCAUGCAAGCCACGUCCUUUCAAACGUACACGGCCGGUAUGGUGAUGGCCAUGCCCUCAGCUUUGAAGACGCGCUCGCCGCCCAGCGGAUUCGCACUCAGCAACCCAUCCAACACGGUCUUUCCUCAUCUUCUCAGCUCGCAAACCGCCACAGCAUAAGGACGACGAGAAAAGAGAAUUCCUGCCUCGUGUAAUCGUUACCGUGAAUGCCUUACACCAUACCCAAAGAACAGUUCGUGACCCCGCAUCUACCAGGACCCUCCCAAGGGUAACCAUUGUAGAAGUGCAAUUAGUAGAGACUGACUAUGUAGUACUAGUAGCUUUGUGCUUGUGUAGCAGGCUCCUCUUCUCGACUUGACCACUCUCGCAAGCCAACGGCAUCUCCGCUUUGUAUCAGCUUAGUGGGGUAGUGUCUUUGCUGUUUGCGUUAUCAGCUUAGUACUAUAGUAGAUAGACGCGCUACCACAGUGGCAUAUGUAGCACUGUAGUCUGUGCAUACUUCUUCGUUUCUCAUUCACAGUACGGACACAAGAGCGAAAUUGCCGAAGCUGAUCGCGGUUCUGAACACAAUUGUAUAUAUCCGGUGGAAUCUCGAAUGCGUGAACUUCUCUUCAAUAAUUAUACAUAUGCACCCAUGUAACCCAUGUAAGACAUGUAGAUGUCCUGUAGUUGGUAGUAUUGCUUUUAUCCUUGCUUGAAGAUUUUGUUUUAGCGUGAAACUCUGUGUGUUGCAACCAUCAUGUCCACUAAAUGGUUGAGUUUGCAUUCCCCAUGUCUGCAUAACUUUCUACUGUCGCAAGAGAAUUUUAACACAAACAACACCACCUGAGCAUGCAUGACCUAUUUUAUUGUUAUCAAAGAGCAUAAUAUCAUUUUUUCCUGCAUUUGGUGUGCUUUGAGCAAAUCUUCACGUGACAUGACGUGCAUGUCAGUUAUGCAGUAUAUGGAUGCUUCGGAUAUCUCAACCCUCUUGCCCGUUUCUAUGAAUUGGCCUUUUUUGUAUUUCUGUUUAUAUUCCUGAUUUCAGAAACAUGCCACGAAAUGAGAACCGAUAUUGCUGCCCUAGCUCUACUGUAACUUAUGUAGAUGCACUUCCACUCCAUUUUCCCAUAUCUGAAUUUUGGUCACAUCCUUCCACCUCGUUUGUGUUGUUUCAUUGUGGAACAUUGUUUGCGCCAGUUUGCUAUUCCAAUAAUGAUGAACUACUCAUUUCGGCCAUACAUACAUGUACAUCCGUAUAUUCUGCCAACAUCAAUCAACAAACAUUGAA